AUCUUGGGAUGUGGUUGAGCUGCAGAAAGUUUGUAGACUUAAUAGGAAGUUUUAUUUCAAGGCAGGCAUAGUGAAUCGUAUACAUGUUGAUAAAAUAGUUAUCGAUGGAAUGUGCAACAUGGUAGAAACGAGAAAGUGGAACCUAGAAUUCAAGCAGCGAAGAUUACCAAAUUGUUCAAUACCCUGAGUGUGUUUUCGUAGAUGACUCUUUCCCGUUUCAUAAGUAAUAUCAAUAUCAAUCGCGAAAAAAUGACAACACUUUAAAAGCGAAGUGUAAUAAUUCCUUGUUUGAAAUAAAUUUUUGUUUUGCGAAUGACAUCAUCUCUCGGAAGAUGUAAUGUCGGAGGCUGUCAAAAUUGAGCAAAGUUGGAUAUGCUUAAGUUUGGAUACAAAAUAGUUCGAAUGUAGUAAAAUAAAUUGCAGUUUUCAAAAUGGAGCAAAAAUCAAAUAUGCAGUGCAAUAUUAAGGAACAGCCCUCGGAUCGAGAAUCGGAGGAGCUGGAACAAGAAAAGGUGGAUUUGAGUCCCGAAAACUCCAAAAAGAGUGACAAUUCACCUGCUGAUGAUACUUUUUCUAAGCUGGCUGCAGAUGCAGAUAAUGGAGAGAAAUUACAAUGCAUGACUGGUACUUUAUAUGAUGGAGAGAGUGCAAGUUAUAGUGCAAAAUCAAGUUCGUCAAAGCGUGAAAUUGAAAAUAAUGCUUGUGACGAUAUUGAAGUGCGGAAUGCAUUAGCAUUUACUAUUGAUUUCGGAGAUGGUCGGAAGCAGGUUGAUCAACAAAGGCACGAGAAAAUGCUUGAGCGUUUUCAAAAUCGUCACAGACGAGGAGUGUCUUUAUCAAAAUUAGAAACCCAGUCAGCUUCUUCUUCAACAACGAUAAGACCACCACAGACUGCAAAUCUACCAAGAAAACAUCAGCAGCCUUUGUCGAAUGAGCAAGUAGAAGUGAAACUACGAGAUAAAAGUACAUCUUCGAGAGCUGCGAGAAAUUCACGACACAGUUGGAGUCCCAGAACCAGUAUUACCGAUGUAGCCACCAAAGUAUCAUCGAAACAAACGAAAGCCCUCAAUAAAUUUGCUCCAAAAUCAACCACCCUCCAGAUGGCUUUCGAACAACAACACAUUUCCUGUUCCAGUUCCGAGCAAAAUGCGGAAAGUAUGGAUUCGUCUAUCGGAAUCCAUUGUAGUCAACCUCCGUUAGAAAAUUUUAACAGCGAAAAGGACGACAGUGUAAGUGAAGCAGGAACUUACACGCUAGAUGGUGAUAAUUAUACAGAAGAACAAAAAGAGAGAAUGAACAUAGACCGUAUACCAGUCAGUAGCACUCAUGAGUCGAACCAGAAAUCACUUUUCACAAUAGAAUCAGUUCCAUCAAUUCCAAAGCGGCCAACGAAUUUUCAAGAAGAACUAGAAGUUAUUGACUUAGAUCAAGCAUAUUUUGAUAACCAACCUGCUACUCGAAAGAAACCCAACGUUUUGGAAGUCGAUCUGGCACACGAAUCAACUUUGUCAACAACACAUAAACCUAAACAGUCUUAUUUGGAAAAACUUAAAACUAGAGUUAGAAAUAUAACACACAAACAUAAAUCGUACGAAGGAAACGUCGUCAAAGAAGUGAAAGCUUCUCCUGAUCAGGGCACAUUCACUUCAGUAACUACAAGUGGAAUUCUUAGUAUUAAACCGUCUUUGGAAAGCCAUCCGCGUUUGCAAAGAAGAAAUAGUCUCACAAAAGCUCACAUUGAUAGUUCCGAAUAUGUGGAGGGUAGAGCAAACCUCAACAUUCAUAGGAAAAAUGAUGAACCCAAAAUACUCAACUGCUACACCGAUUCAGAGAAGGCAAUUGAAAAAAUAAACUACCGAAGCUCAAAUGUUAAUCAACCAGUAGACAGUUCUACCAUAAGUUCAGCAGUGAGUAAAAAAGAUUGGAUUCAAGAGUGGGCCAAGAAUGCUCGAGAAUAUUCCAGACACACAGAUGAUGCGAAUCUAGCAGAUUCGGCGAUGACUCAAAGCUACAACUUCGAGAAGAAGAAUCAAUUCGGCUACGAUUACAAUAUCGAUAUGACCAAAAGUGAUUAUUACGAUUCGAAAAAGUACGACCAACUCGAGGACAACAUGAACAAGUAUCAUCUGAGUAAGAAACAACGAGAUCUGUUGUUCAACAACACCAGCAACAGUGAACCUACCAUUCAACAGGACUAUGUUGGAUACGGUGGCGACGAUAAGAACUUUAUCCGUUGUGGAAGUUUGCGGCAGUCGGGAAAAAUUGGUGCCUCCAAACCUCCCAUGAGCCCUAGCAAGAUUCCGUCGCCGGUGUGCUCCACGGGGCGUGCAAGAAGCGUCAGUCGGAACCGCAGCCUACAAGGAAGUAAUUCGGAUAUAUCAAUGAAUGAGACUGAAAUGUAUUUGCAUAAGACUGCUGCAGCGAUAUCAACUUUGCAAAAUCUGCACAGAAGGAAUUCUCAAAGAAGCGCUUCGUUGCACAAUUCUUCCCACUCCAGCCCCAUGAGCCCAGCUUCGCGUCAUAUGUCGCCGAAGAUAUCUCCCAUGAACAGCCUCCGUUCUCCAAUACGUCCAGUGAAUGCAUUCGAUGUAGACUGCCAAAUAUACCCGAGGCAGCAUCAAUCACUGUUGAGUCGACAGCAGCAAAACCCAAUGCUUAACCACAGAAGGAAUCUUUCGUUCGACAAUUCCGACUAUUAUGAAAAUAUGCUAUCUGGCAUGAACGACCAACUAGCGAAUAGUUACGAUACUCAGCAAUUGAAUGCAAUGUUAGAGUUUAAAAAACACACGCGACAUAAUUCUUUCGAAGGAAUAACCACCCUACCGCCAAAACCAUUAAAAUGUUCUCAAAAACUAGGAAUAUCAACGACUAUCGGUCGGGAUAUUCAAAUUCAACCUGGAAAUUCUAUCGAGUAUGAUGAUGAUGAUGAUGACAACAUUUUAGUCGUAUCGACAGAUCUACGCAAUAUGUCACUGGGCGCAAAGAAGGAAGAUUUCUCAACACGCAAAAAGCAGGCGCCGAUAUCAAAAAUUGAGCCAGUACCAAAAGGUCUGGCAGCUUCCGCAAUAGAUACGGCUCACAACUCUUCUCCCAUAAAGAGGUCGAGCUCGUUUUCGGUCAAAUCAUUAAAAGGAAUCACACCGACGCACACUCCAAAAAUGUCCACGAAAAAACAAGUUGGAAAUGUACAGAUUCAAAAAUCGGCCAGUAGCACUAGUUUUAAAAAACUUGUUACCGAUUACAAUACCUAUGAUAAUGAUUUAUACAUCAACAACGAUGACGAUCUAGAACUAGACAACGAUCUAUCUUCGAACUCAGAACUAAGCGACAAGGAAGAAGCGGCCGCGAAAUCUGAAAAGCAAAGCAUAACGAACACGCGAGGCAACAAGACGUUCCAGAUGAGGGUGGAACAGAACAGGAAGAUAGCCAUGGCAGGCAAACAAGGCGCCGCAGCUUGUCCGAACACGCCAGAACCUCCACGCAGAGCACUAAACAUCAAAGGUGCGGUGCGUGAUCGAUCGUCCAUGCCCAGGGAUUCUAGCCUGAACCGCAUGAAACAAGACAUGACGAUGUCCCGUAAAAGCGUUACUAAGGAGCUGGUCUCAAAAGAGCCUGCCUCAAAAACAAAGGUUCAGCCAAAAUAUAUGGACAUCUCAAAGUAUAAAACAAACAACAGUGCUAAUUUCCUGAAGAAAGACGAAACGAAAAGCUAUCUGUUCAAGCCAGAUUUAAAGAAAAGCCCCAGCACUUCUUCCGUUUCGAUGGCCAGAGCCGAUCCGAACAGAAUCAGCGUGAGGAGUGUCAAAUCUGCUGGACCCAAACCGGGGAAGAAAGAAGCACCGAAAGCGAAAGAGCAAGAACUCGAGAUGUGGCGAAGGCGAGCCAGCUACGAUCCCAUGAAGGCCGCCAUGGAGGGAAAGCGCAAACAGGAAGAAGCCAAGCGCGCGGCUCAGCAACAAGUCGAUCGGCUGAAAACCGUUGAAAGCUCGGUUUUGCGUUCAAAAUCCUACCAUAGUGGAGUUGGUGCUGGUGGCAUGAGUCGAGUUUGUGAUAGUACUGUAGGGGAUUGUGAGUUUAUGGAUAACAUCAGCAGCAGCAGUCAGCCGAGCAAUCGCUGGACGUUGACUUCAAACGAGUCGAGCGAUGAGCUGGACGAUGAGCAUUGAACCCUAAUGUCCUUAUUUUAAAAACAGUUUUGAAACGUACUUAGUUUGACUACAGCAAUGGUUAGCUUAUGUGAGAAAAGAUUUUUUAUUAUAUUUAGGUCUCCAUUUUUGAACAGAAAAAGGUUAAUUUCAGCAGGAAUUGUAGAAAAGUUUUGCAGAAUUGGUUUCUAACUACCAAAGACAUCAUCUUCACAAAAUUUUUAGAAAAAAAAACUAUAAAUUCCAUCUCUUUUCCGUACUCAUCGAAUUUGAAACCUCAACUUAGACUAGCGACAUGUUGGUGCUUCUCAGAGCCUCUUGAGAGAAAUUAGUUUGAUUUCCUUGUAAUUUUAUAGUUACCUAUUAAUUGAGCAUCUGAUCUUGGUUCUAUAUCAUGUACUUUCCUCAUGAAAUACAUUCGUAAUCAUGCAUACGAUGCAUAAUUACUCAAAAGCUCGCUCAAAUUGUAUAAAACUCUACUAACGAAAAAAUGCUUCAAAACAUCACAUAUGUACUAAAACAUGCUCUCUAUAAUCAGGAUACUAUCUGUUACAUUGCUUCAAACUUUACUUUUGCAGCUCAAAGAUGUUUUUUUUUGUUUGUUUUUUUUUUGUUUUCGGAUAAAAGCAAUACUCAAUCGUGUAUAUAAAUCAUAAAUCAUUUCUUUAUCAAUCUUGAAGGAAACUUGUUAAGCCGAUUCAACAAUAAUAUAUGUAAGUUCUCGGCUGAAAGCAAUCAAAGUUAAGUUAUUCGUUGCUUGAAAGAAGAACAAAUGUCGUUUGAUUUGAAGGCCUCAUCAACAUUCAAGAAUUGAUAGAACCGUACUAUUCGUCCUCAAAUGAACAAUUUUGAUUGUUUAUAAUCGUGAAAAACACCUUCCAUUUAUUAUCCAAAAUUACGUUAGCACAUCUAGUGAAUUAUUUUAGAAUUUUUUCUAGUAAAAGAAUAUACAUAUGAUUGUGUGAGUUUAAAGAUCAUUCAAUAUUCUUAUGCUGGCAAAAAACAGUUAGUUAAUUUUCCGCAAUUCAUAUACAAAUAUUAUCAUCGUUAGGGGAAAUCGUUACUCUUUUUUGUCCUACAUCGAUCAAUUUCUGUGUUUUCUGUGUGUGAGUCUGUUUCAGUUAUGGCUGAACUAAUAAUCUUUAUUGCAAAUUGAAUUUAGAAACAAAAAAUCAUGUAUUCCUGUUGUGGGCUAGUUCGUACGUUGGUUGAGUUUUUAUUAAAUUAUUUUGACAUCUAUUACUACACAUCCAUUAUCUACUAGCUGUUAUUUACGAGCGCAACAUUAUUCAAAAUUCAUCUGAAUCUGAACAAAAAAAAUCAUUGUUAACUGUGAACAAACAAGGUAUAUUUUUUAUAUAUCGCUAGGAACAAUAAAUUAUACUACAGGACUAA